AUGAGAGUCAUUGUUACAUUAAUUUGCAGCAUAUUUGUGCUGCUGGCUACUGCCAACCCUGCUCAUGACAUAAAAAAACGCGCCAAUGAAGAGAACAUAAAUGCGGCCAUGCAGAAAGUCAUAGAGAAGGGAAUGGUUUUCGCUACCGGCGUCAUCGAAAAGUUGAAGGAUAGUGAUGUUGCGCGAAAGCUGAUAGGCAAAAUGUUUGGAGCGACCGGAGGUGGACGCGCAAAGCGAUCGAUUAGACUAGAUACGGCGGUUACGAAAUUAAAUGUUGCCCAAUAUCAAAAGUUGGAGCUGCAUAAAACGAUCAAUAAGGAUGGCAAUGGUAAUGGAGUUACUGGUACUGAUUCGUGUCCUAUUGAUCAAAAUGAACUAAAUUUGAUCGAAACUGUUUCUAUUCUGAUCCAACAAGCUUUGGUUCAAGUUAAUCAAAUAAUCAACGGACGCAAGGUAAACUACUUUAUUCCGAAACCAAAGCCAGAGAAUAUUUAA